CCAAUUCGAGCAAAUGCGAAUGGGGAUCCACCUUUUCUAAACCCAGCUAGCUGAAUGGUUCCGAUCCAACUUCUGUCUGUUUGGCUCUGCCUGCACCCUGACAAAAAAAUCGCGAGUUCACCUAGCUACUUGCACGGCCCUGAUCCCCCAUUCAACACCGGUUGCCUUGCAUCCAUCCAAACACGAUGUCCACCAAGCCUGUGACCCGAUGCCGCACUGGCCAUCGGGGCACUAUCCGUCUUCUGGCCACGCCUCCGCACGCAUGCGGCACUCAGAACCCCGCUUGGCCCUCCUCGACGUCUUAUUUUCGGUACUUUGCCCAAAAUGCCGUCCGACCGCCGCGUGUGGGAAACGUUUGCGCACCAGAGCAAGGAACAUCGUCAGUUGGGCUUGCAUUCACCACUCAAUCGCCGCCCGCGGUUACGCGUUCCAAUAGACUCGGAUGUGCUCGGCAAGCCCAUCGCCGUGCACUCGUCCAUGCCCGCCAUCCGGGUCCGGUCUGCUGAGAUACGAAGGGAUUCCAGCUCCGGCGCAUGUGUGGAUUUAUCUCGGCCGUCAGCCGCAGAUCACCCUAGUGUUAGUUACAUAGAGGUCUGAUGGAUCAAGGCAUGUCACGUGGUGUGCUUGGAUAUCACGUGCGCUGUGUUUUCUGUCGGCCUUGACUGCGGAUGAUGCCUGCUCACAGCGAUCAGCUGCGUCACUGACGAGCGGCGAUGAUGGACAUCUAUUACGAGAUCGACACGGACGCUCACAACGACCGGUGCACAUGACCGGCGAAAGAAGUGACUAUGGAAUUCGAACCUGUUUCUCGUCCCUACUUCCGCACACAUCCUUGAUCCUGAAACACAUUGCGAGCUGCAUGCCGGAUGCACGGCUUCGAGACCGAGGCUGAACGUUGGAAAGUAAUCAACCACGAUUUGCCCCACGUAUCGUUUGUCCAGAGUCCGCAUGUCACUCAUCGUUAGACUCACCCUCUUCGCGAAGUAGACCCACGCGCUGUGCACUGGAACCCGAGACGGGUGCGGCGGCUACGGCCGAAUAAAUUGUCUUCCGCAGCACGUCCGACAACGAACGUCACGUGCGCCAAUGCAUCGGUUGCGACACCCUCCGUCGCUGGGCGACUUCGCUCGGCACUUUCCUCCUGGCGAUGCUCAGCUUUCCGGGAUCGCGAGAACGCGCAGAGAAAGAUCUAAAUAGCGG